AUGACGAGCUCGGAUGCUAACGGCGCGGAACACGGUUACUCUUUCACCGACCAUCCUUUCCAGAUGGCCACCAUCGGCGACACACAUGCAGAGGCUAUGAAGGUUGUAAGUGCAGGGCACAAGCGGGUCAAACGGUAUAACAGCACUGAACCGACUGCAACCAGCACGAGGGCAAGUCAGCCUCAACCUCUACCGACCGACCGGCCCUCCACCCUGACCUACAAGGCGGCGAGGCUACAGAGGACGGCAGGGAUACUUCGACAAUACUGUGCAAGAGCCGAAUACCGCGCUACCACCUUGAAAUCAAAGGCAGACCAGCUUGCAAGGUUGCCCAACGUUUCGUCCUUGACACUGGAACUGAUGGAAAAGACCUUGGAUGACAUCCAGAGCGAACACACGGGGUUGAUGCAAGACUUGGAAAUCCUCGCAGCAUCGGCAAAUUGGUUUCAGAACAUGGUCAAUCUGGGAUCUAUGCCGGAGGUCGACCUCGCCGCGCCGACGGCGGCGAUCAGUGCCGUGCACGAGGCCCUAGGAGCAUACCGACGGAGUGUCGAGGUCAUGGCGGAAUCAUUCCAGACAGCGCGGCAGAAAGUGUCAGAAUACCGACGGCGACGGCACCUGGAAUAUGAGCAGUUGGCGUUACAAAGACAAGCGAAUGAGUCCUGCUGGGAGCGCUUGCUGAGGUUCUUAUUAGGAGAACUGCUGGUAUGGACAAGUUGGUUUCCCGAGGCAGCAGCAGAGUAA